UGAUUACGCCAACCGCAAUCACCAUCUCUCCUAAUUCUUCCGCCUAACCCACCACUUCUCCCUCAAUCUUCCUCUGAGUUAAGGUUGUUCAAUUUUAUCUUGUUCUUUUUUGUUUUUUUGUAUUUGAUUUUGUUUUUGUGGGCAUGAAAGGAAUGGAGCUGAGCGUAGUUCCGUACGGACGCAGCGCCAAAAUGGAGGUCGAUGAUGUAGAGGAGGAUGAAGCCGCCGAGAAUAAACCAAUGGUCAUGAACCCCAAAGCAACCGCCGUAAAGCCCAGGUACAGAGAGUGCAUGAGAAACCAUGCCGCCUCCAUCGGUGGCCAUGCCAGCGACGGCUGCGGCGAGUUCAUGCCCUCCGGCGGUGGCGGCGGAGGUGAUGCGGCUUCGCUGACGUGCGCGGCGUGCGGGUGCCACCGCAACUUCCAUCGACGGGAAGUACCCGGUGCAGCGCACCUUCAUCACCACCUCAUGCACCCCGGACCCCCUCAUGCUCAUCCCAUGUUGCUCUAUAACACCACUCCCAGCCCGAAGAAUGCUUCCGUGCAUGCGCUUCCUCAUAAGUUCCUCGGUGUUCCCGCAUUUGGUGGCGUUGAUCAUCAUAAUCAUCAUCCUCAUCAUCAGGAUGAUGGGGAGAGGCAGUAUGAUCGGCGGUCGGAGACGCCGGAGAGGGGGGAUGUGCAGAUGGCCACGAUGAUGACGACGACGAAGAGCAAGAGAUUCAGGACCAAGUUCACGCAAGAGCAGAAAGAGCGAAUGCUGGAGUUGGCCGAGAGGCUGGGUUGGAGAAUACAGAAGCAGGACGACGUCGUUUUGUCCCAGUUCUGCUCCGAGCUCGGGAUUAAGCGUAAUGUCCUGAAGGUGUGGAUGCACAACAACAAGAAUGCACACCGCCGCAGAGAACCUCCACCCGAGUCUCCUCCUCCUCCUACGCCUCCACCUCCACCGUCCAUGGCGCCGCCGCAAGCUGCCGGAGUGUGACGUAAUCACGUUAAUUAAUUUCUAUUUUAUUUUUCUUUGUAUUAAUCCUAAUGAUUGAAAAAAAAAAAUCUAAUCCAAAGGACUGAGUUGUUCGUUAUGUGUAGUUUGUAUUAAUGGGAGAUAGCUUAUUUUUCAUGGCAUUUAAAACAUACGUGAAAAUAUUUAUGAAUUUCACGUAGUUUAAUCA